GAAUAUACAAUAUUUUAUAUAUUUAUGUCAUUUCUACAAAUACUUAGCGACAUAAUAGGAUGGACUUACUUUGCUGCAUGGAGUAUCAGUUUUUAUCCAUAAAUCUAUGAAAAUUGGAAAUUGAAAAAGUAUCAUAUAACUUAUAUCUAAGUGUGAAUGGAUUGAGUGUUGAUUAUGUGGGCUUGAACAUAACAGGAUAUAUCUGUCUAUGCAUUUACAGCACAGCAGGAUAUCUUGAUAAAUCUUUGGAAGUUGGCACAAUUCACCCUGAAGACUUGGCCUUCGCAUAUCAUGGCUUAUUGUGCACAAUGAUAAUAAUAGGCCAGAUGAUCUUUUAUCCUGUAUUAAAUCCUUAGAUUACAGUUAGGAGACAAUAAAUUAUCAAUAUACAUUAUAGCCAUCUUGGUUUUCCUUUGGACCCUUACGCCCAUCUAUUUCUUAUUGACACAAGUAGAUUAGUAAUGAAAUAAUUAGACAUUCGAUGUAUUCCAUGUAUCAGUUAGUUACAAUGCAUAUAGAAUGAUUGGUUAUGACAAAUUGCUGAUAAGCUUUAUUAAGUACAUUCCAUAAGUAUAUUGGAAUUACUAAAGAAAGAAAACAGUAGGUUGGAAUAUUUGGGUAAGUCUUUUGGAUAUAACAGGUGGACUGUUAUCUGUUUUAUAAACGAUAAUGGAUCAAUUUAUUUAAGAUGGUAAGCUAUGUCUAUAAAAUAGAUAACAAUGAGAUUAACCCAGUUAAAUUUGCAUUGGGAUUGCUGACAAUUGGUUUCGAUUCAAUUUUGAUCUUCUAACAUUAUUUUCUAUAUCCACCAAAGAAGGAAACUUAGGUUAUGGAUUAUGUCACUAUGAAAGAUAAUGGAAUAGAUGAUAUAUGAUAAAUACUAGAUUAU